AUGGCCAAAGUGAACAUGAUAGCCUACACCUUGCUGAGGUGGUUCUUUGAAUUUUGUAUUCACAUGUUCUAUGGUAAUGUGAGUGCAAGAGGAACAGAAAAUAUUCCAAAAGAUCGUCCUGUCAUAUUUGUUGUCAAUCAUUAUAAUGGAUUAGUGGAUGCAUUGUUUCUCUAUUCAGAAGUGAGCAAUAGACUUAUUAGAGGUGUUGCUAAACAAGAAUUAUUUAAUUUACCUGUUGUUGGAUUCUUUAUGAAAUUACUCGGAAUUAUUCCAAUCAUUAGACCAUGUGAUGUGAAUGGAAAGGAUUUGGAAGAACAAAGAAAAUUAUCGAAUCUAGCUGCUAUUAAUGCUAUGGCCGAAGUGUUGAUUGAUGGACAUUGUAUAGUCAUAUUCCCUGAAGGAACAAGUCACAAUAAUAGUGACAUUCUAACAAUCAAGACAGGUUUUGCCAGAGCAGCUUUUACUUGUUUGGAGAAGUGUGAAAAUUUGGAUAAGAUUUAUCUAGUACCAGUUGGAUUAAACUAUGAUAGUAAGAAUGAAUUUAGAUCAGAUGUUUAUGUUCAAUUUGGAAAGGAAAUUCCUAUUGAUAGAAAUGAUUUACAAGAAUACCAACAAGAUAGUGGAAAGACUUUGCAUAGACUUGCUGAUGUUGUAAAGGAUGCUUUGAGAAAUGUCACAGUUGUUGCCAAGGAACCAGAUACAAUUUUGGCUGCUCAAGUCGCUAGAUCACUUGUUAGAAAUAGAUCCUUCCCAUUAACUCAAGAAGAAUACUUGCUCAUUACUCAAAGAUUUAUUGAUUUAUUUGAAAAUGAGCCAGAGGCAAAACCUGUUUACGAGACUCUCAAACAAUUCAAUGCCCAUAUCAGAUUAUUGAAUAUGAAGUAUUAUGAAAUUUCUAUGAAAUAUUCAUUUGUCAGAAAGAUUAUUACCCUAUUGUUCACUUUACCAAUUUGUUUACCUGGUUCUUUGUAUCAUGGUCCUAUUGGUCUACUUUGUUCUCAUCUUGGAAAAAAGCUUGCUGCUGGAUAUAAAGAUCAAGAGGCUCACUACAAGCUUAUGAUUGUUAUCAGCUUACUUCCAAUUUAUUAUUUGAUAACCAUUGGAAUAUUGACCUAUUUAUUUAGUUUCUACUUUGCCUUGUACUGUGCACUUUUAUUGGCAAUUUCAGGAAUUUUAGCUGUUAGAAUUAGACCAGUUGCCGUCUCAUUGCAAAUUAUGAAAUCUCUAGGAAAAUUGCUAGUUAUUAAUAGAGAAGAAAUCUUGAAGGUCCAAAGACAAAUUAGAAAUGAUUUGGCACCACUAGUUGGAAAGCACUGUCAAGAUCUUAUCAAACUUAAUUUAUUCGAUACUGAAAUUGUUGCCAAGAGUGAAAGCUCUAUUAAACAAAAUUAA